AUGUCCCACCUAACAUACUACAACUACCCCGGCGUAGGCACCCGAAACCAAGAGAACUUCCGCUACAGCCAGGCCGUGCGCGUGGGCGAUCGCAUCGAAUGUGCCGGACAAGGAGGCUGGGACCCCUCAACGGGGAUCUUCUACCGCGAGAUCAACGCGCAGAUCGACCAGGCGUUCGCAAACGUCGAGCUGAACCUGAAGCACGCGGGCGGAAAGGGCUGGAGCCAGGUGUUCCGGGUGAACUCGUACCAUGUGCCGAUCAACGACGAGGCGCUGGACGCCAUGGUCCGGAACUUCAAGCGGUACAUGCCGGAUCAUCAGCCGAUUUGGACUUGUGUGGGGGUGACGCGUCUCGGGGAGGAUGAUAUGAGGGUGGAGAUUGAGACUGAAAAAGUCAUGAUGAUUUCUAAGGCAGUAUCAGGCAUGAGUAAUUCCGACGAUCGCUUCUGGAAACACCUUCCCGACUGGGCGGCGACGGCCUGUUUGGGCAAUGCGCAAACCGGAUCGGCAGGGUGGGCAUCACCAUGCAGCACGGACAAGGGUGAACGCGAACAUCGAUAUCUAACUCCCCGAACGGACCACCGCCGCCAUCCCUCUUCCUCCUCCUCCCUGGACCUUCCUCCCUCCGACUCCAACUCCGCCGACGACGACUCCCUCCUCCCUCGCGGCCGCAGUGCACAGAUGAAGCGCAAGGUUCGGACGGUCUCCAAGCGUCGCUCCAAGCCGGCUUUGACCAUCGAAACCAACGGGCAUGGGAACGACGAGAUGAAUUUCAACGUCGAAAUGCGCAAGAGGGACACCUCCGAGUCCUCUACCACCGCCCGCGCCUCGCGCCUCAUGCAGCGCCCCAGUUUCUCCCUCGACCACGAUCCCCCUAUCACCCCGCAAACGCCCGCCCUGACCACCACCAGCUUCGCCAAUUUGCCGCGCAGCGACCGCAGGAAUUUCCUGCUGCUCUGCGUGCUAUACUUCCUGCAGGGUGUGCCCAUGGGUCUGGCGACCGGCUCGGUCCCCUUCCUGCUGAAACCGUACCUCUCGUACGGCCAGAUCGGGGUCUUCUCGCUGGCGUCGUAUCCCUACUCGUUGAAACUGCUGUGGAGUCCCAUCGUCGACGCCGUAUGGAGUCGCCGGUUCGGUCGCCGCAAGAGUUGGAUCACCCCCGUGCAGGUCAUCGCCGGCCUGGCCAUGAUCUAUCUGGGAGGACGCAUCGGGCCGAUGAUGGAGCAGGCGGGUGCCAAUGGGGGCGCGGGCGUCUGGAACUUCACAUACUGGUGGUUCCUGCUGGUCUUUUUCUGCGCCACGCAGGAUAUUGCCGUGGAUGGAUGGGCCAUCACCCUGAUGUCGCCGCCUAACAUCUCCUACGCGUCCACUGCGCAGACGGUCGGAUUGACGGCCGGUCAUUUCUUGUCGUACACCGUGUUCCUGGCGUUCAAUUCGAAGGAAUUCGCCAACCGCUGGUUCCGGACGAUCCCGGCGGACGAGGGUCUUCUGUCGCUGGGCACGUAUCUGACAUUCUGGGGAUGGGCGUAUCUGGUCGUCACUCUCUGUCUGGCGAUGAUGAAGAAGGAAGACAAGACGCAGGACCGGGAUAGCAUCAUGGAUGUAUACCGCAGCAUGUGGAACGUGCUGAAAUUGAAGAACAUCCAGACCAUCAUCAUGGUGCACCUGAUCGCCAAGAUCGGCUUCCAGGCCAACGACGGCGUGACGAGCUUGAAACUGCUGGACAAGGGCUUCGGCCAAGACAACAUGGCGCUGGUGGUGCUGAUCGACUUCCCUUUUGAGAUCUGUCUGGGGUACUACGCCGGCAAGUGGUCGACCGAGUACACGCCCAUGCGGCUGUGGUGCUGGGCGUUUAUGGGCCGAUUGGCAGCCGCCGUGUUGGCUCAGGCCACCGUGAUGGUCUUCCCCUCCGGAACGGACGUGCCCUUCUGGUACCUGCUGGCUGUGAUUGGCGAGCAUGUGGUCUCGACCUUUAUGAACACGGUCAUGUUCGUGGCCGUGUCGGCCUUCCAUGCGCGCAUCGCCGACCCUGCCAUUGGAGGGACCUACAUGACCAUGUUGGCUACGGUCUCCAACCUUGGUGGAACCUUCCCUCGAUACUUUAUUCUCAAGCUGGUGGACAUGUUCACGGAAGCCAACUGCGUGCCUCCCUCCGUGCCACCCCCCGCGGAGGAACUGAAAGGUGACCUCGUCACGUCGGCCUUCUCCUGCGCUCUGGAGCCGGAUAAGGCGCUCUGCGUCAACGGUGGUGGCACUUGUCACACCAUCCGGGAUGGCUACUACACCACCAACAUCCUCUGCGUGCUGAUCGGUACCGUUACAUUCAUUCUGUUCAUCAAGCCGGCCGUAUUGAAACUGCAGAAUCUCCCUCUGCGUGCGUGGCGCUUAGCCCCUGGUCGUCAAUAA